AUGUCAACGGCGAGAAUGGUGGUGGUCGUCCCCGGCCAGAGCAUAAGCCACCUCAUCCCCAUGCUGGACUUCGCCGCGAUCUGCCUCCAUGGCGGCCUCGAGGUCACCGUCGCCGUCCCAGACCCAACCCUGACCGCCCCGGCCUUCCGCUCCACGCUCUGCCGGUACGCCUCCCGGCUCCCCUCCCUCUCAAUCCACUCCCUCCCUCCACCUCCAGCCCAGCAACAAUCCCUCAAAGCCGCCAACGCUCCCGCCCACCCGUUCAUCCGCAUGCAGGCCGCCACCCGCUCCCAGGCGCCCGGCCUGCGGGACUUCCUCCUCAGCCUGCCCGCCGUCCACGCGCUCGUCGCCGACAUGCUCGACGUGGUGUCCGCCGUCGACGUCGCCGCGGAGGUGGGCGUCCCGGGGCACCUCUUCUUCUCCACGGGCGCCGCAACCCUCUCCGUCUUCCUCGGACUGCCUUCCUUCUGCUCUACGAGGAGCGGCGGAGAACUGAAAGAUCUCGGCGACGCGCCCGUGUCGUUCCCCGGCGUGCCUCCGAUGCCGGCGUCCCACCUGGUCGACGGGGUGCUCGACAGCGGGACGGACCUGUACACGGCUUCGCUGGACGUGUUCGGCCGGAUGGCGGCGGCGAGCGGCAUCCUGGUCAACACCUUCGAGGCGCUGGACAGCUCGGCGGUGGCAGCGCUUAGGGACCCCGACCGCGCCACCCCGCCCGUCUACUGCGUCGGGCCGGUGGUCGCGGAGGCGGAGGAGAGGCACCACCCGUGCCUCCCGUGGCUGGACGCGCAGACCAAGCGCAGCGUCGUGUUCCUCUGCUUCGGCAGCCGGUGCACGGUGUCGCUGGAGCAGAUCGGCGAGAUGGCCGAGGGGCUCGAGCGGUCCGGCCACAGGUUCCUCUGGGUGCUACGCGCGCCGCCUGGCUCCGCCACCGGCGAGCCAGACGCGGCGCUGUCUCUUCUCCCCGAGAGGUUCUUGGCCCGGACGGCGGACAAAGGCCUCGUGGUGGCCGCGUCCUCCGGGGUGCCCCAGUUGCAGGUGCUGCGUCACGCGUCCACCGGCGCGUUUGUGAGCCACUGCGGAUGGAACUCGACGCUGGAGGCGGUGGGCGCCGGCGUGCCGAUGGUGUGCUGGCCGCUGGUGGCCGAGCAGUGGAUGAACAAGGUGUACAUCGUGGAGGAGCUCAAGGUUGGCGUGGAGGUGCGAGGGUAUAAGCGCGGCGGGCUCGUCACUGCCGCCGACGUGGAUGCCACGGUUAGGCAGAUCAUGGACAUGGAACCGGAAUGCCGGCGAGCGGUCGAGGAACGGCUGGUGGAGAUGAAGGAGAGCACCGCCGCGGCGUGGAAGGAAGGUGGCUCCUCUCGCACCGUAUUCGCUGAGUUUGUAAAUCAGAUGGAGCAAGGGUCUGAAAAUUGCAGAAAGUGUUCAGUUGUGGGUAAGAAUCUGUAAAUUGGAGUGCAGUAUUGUGCACCAAUCCAUAGAUCAUCUAAUUUAUCAUGGAGAUGACCAAACUUUUUCCGACCCAUAUUCAGUGAAGUCACAAGCGACUGAUUCCUUCA